UGUGUAUAAUAUAUCAAUAUCUUCUUCUUCUGGCAUAGUUCCUUCACACACGCGGCUUAAAUACAAAAACGAGUUACCAACUGUUACCAGUUCAUGUAGCGAUACGUAUCGUAUAAGUAACCUCCCCUCUCACUCUCUCUGCUCUCAUUCAUUCAUUACACAAAUAAGAGAGACCUCUUCUCUCUCAAACCCGUCUCUUCCUCUCUUUUCAUCUUCAUCCAUUCUUUUCCUUCAAAAUGCUGCCAAAUCUCGCCGGAGUUUCUCUCCUCCGGCGUCUCUGCGCCUUUCUCUUCCUUUUCUCCGUUGCUAUCGCCGAAGACCCUUACAGGUUCUUCGACUGGAACAUCACGUACGGUGAUAUUUAUCCACUGGGAGUUCGUCAGCAGGGAAUUCUGAUCAAUGGCCAAUUCCCUGGUCCUGAUAUUUACUCUGUGACCAACGACAACCUCAUUAUCAAUGUACAUAACAGCUUGCCGGAGCCAUUUCUUUUGUCAUGGAAUGGGCUUCAGCAUAGGAAAAAUUCAUAUGUAGAUGGGGUGUAUGGAACUACAUGUCCCAUUCCUCCUGGCAAGAACUACACAUACAUCAUGCAGGUGAAAGACCAGAUUGGAAGCUUCUUCUAUUUCCCGUCUCUCGCCUUCCACAAGGCGGCAGGCGGCUUUGGAGGGAUCAGAAUCCUCAGCAGGCCUCGAAUUCCAGUCCCAUUCCCCGACCCUGCCGGGGAUUUCACUGUUCUUAUUGGAGAUUGGUACAAAAGUAAUCACACGAGAUUGAAGACCAUUUUAGAUGCCGGUAAAAUGCUUCGUUUCCCUGAUGGUGUUUUAAUUAAUGGCCGUGGAUCAAAUGGAGAAACUUUCACAGUUGAACAAGGAAAAACUUACAGGUUCAGGAUAUCCAAUGUGGGACUAAGAAAUUCACUCAACUUUCGGAUUCAGGGCCACAGUAUGAAGCUGGUUGAGGUCGAGGGUACUCACACUGUCCAAACCACCCUCUCAUCCCUCGACGUUCAUGUGGGACAAUCCUACUCGGUUUUAGUGACUGCAGAUCAGCCUCCCCAGGACUACUACAUUGCUGUUUCCAGCCGCUUCACCACUCAAGUCCUCAACACCACUGCCAUUCUGCACUACAGCAACUCUGCCAAACCGGUCUCUGGUCUACCCCCUUGGGGACCUACAAUCGAGAUAGAUUGGUCACUAAACCAGGCUCGUAGCAUCAGGACUAACCUCACUGCGAGUGGACCAAGACCGAAUCCACAAGGCUCAUACCACUACGGUAUGAUAAACAUCACAAGGAGUAUCAAGCUAGCCAAUCAUGCAAGUCUAGUCAAUGGGAAGCAGAGAUAUGCAGUUAACAGUGUGUCAUUCAUCCCUGCUGACACACCACUCAAGGUCGCGGACUACUACAACAUAGGAGGAGUGUUCCGUGUUGGAAGCAUACCUGACAAGCCACCGAGGGCAAGAAUGUACCUUGACACAUCAGUCAUGGGCGCGGACUUCAGAGAAUUCAUUGAGAUUGUGUUUGAGAACAAUGAAAACAUCGUUCAGAGCUGGCACCUUGAUGGAUAUUCUUUCUUCGUGGUCGGAAUGGAUGGAGGCUUGUGGACUCCUGCUAGUCGGAAGCAGUACAACCUUAGAGAUGCUGUGUCACGUUGCACGACACAGGUAUAUCCCAAGUCGUGGACUGCUAUAUACAUAGCACUUGACAAUGUGGGAAUGUGGAACAUGAGGAGCGAAUAUUGGGCACGACAAUACCUUGGACAACAAUUUUAUCUUCGAGUUUAUUCACCGGUUAAGUCUCUCAGGGAUGAAUACCCCAUUCCUAAGAAUGCUCUUCUCUGUGGUAAAGCUAGUGGUAGAGAAACACGGCCUAUCUAGUCAAAACUCGUAAAGAACAAGGAGAACAAAAGGUUGCAUACUUACAAUGACGCGGCCCCAACUCGGGGACACAAAGAUUGAAUUUGAUUUAUAAUUAUUUUAGCUGUACUAUUAAUUCAAAUAUCUCAUUGUUUCUGUAAUUUUUUCCUGGUGUGUCUAAAUGUUAUUUUCUCCUUAAUAGCAACCAUCUGGCUUUUCUAA